GUCGAUGAUCUAAUGUCGAGAUUAGCACCUCGACUUCCAAUACCUGGAUUAGAGUCUAGUUUAGAAAAAUACUUAAAAUCCCUUGAGCCCUUUAUAGAGGACGACAACCACACUAGACUACAUCUGCGUACUCUCGCCGAUGACUUCAGAGAAGGUUUAGGGAAGAAGCUACAAGCGAGAUUGAAAGAUGUUGAAAAAGCAUCUCCUACAAAUUGGUUAGAUGAUCGCUGGUGGAUCAAGGUUGCUUAUCAUACAGAUAGAUCACCCCUACUUAUAAACUCAAACUGGUGGCUUCUCUAUAAGGAUGAUCCGAGUAUUCCUGAUAGCGUCAAAAAGAAUAAGAAUGAAAGAGGUUUUACUAAUUGGCAGAUCCUGCGAGCAGCAUGGUUGACAAGAGGUUUAUUGCACAUAAAAUCCGUGCUUGAUAAUGGCGAACAGCUUCCUGACCUAUCUAAAGCAGCUCGGUGGUUCGGCCCUCGCGCAAAUAGACUUUUUGGAAUGACACGUAUCCCUCAGUACGAUUGUGAUGAAUUAACUCACGUUCCCCUCCCGAAUCUCACCAAGCACAUUGUUGUUUUUGCAAAAAGUCAGACAUUCAAAGUUGACGUAAUCGACUCAAAGGGUGCUAUUCAGGGUUGGGAAAACAUUGCUAAGUCAUUUCAGUCUAUAACGGACAAUUUGGGGAAUAAUCUAGAUGCAGAUGUGGGCGUAAUGACGUCUGAUGAUAGAGAUCGCUGGACCAAAAAUCGUGAACACUUAAAACUUCUUUCACAACAAAAUGAAACUAAUCUGGCGUUGAUAGAAUCAGCAUUAUUUGCUGUAUGUCUAGAUGAUUACACACUACCCCCACGUAGGAAAGAACACGACGAGUUGGAUGGUCAUAUGGUCAACAUAGCAGGUGGAAUCAAUGGUAAUAAUAGAUGGUUCGAUAAAUCUAUGUCACUCAUCGUUGAAAACAACGGUCGAGCUGGUAUGAACGGUGAACACUCAUUUGUGGAAGCCUUAGUACCAUCAAUAGUAGCUGACUAUACGCUAUAUGAGAACCUACCGAAGAAAGAUUCUCUUGAUAUCCCACAGAAAGCUUGCGACUUUGAGAGACUGAGGUGGGUUCUUGACGGAGCGCUUGUGAGGGAGGCAGAAGGUGCAAAUGAGCGUGCUAAAAGGCUCCUUGACGAUUCAGAACCCUCUGAAUUACUCUUCGAUGAGUAUGGCAUCGACUGGAUGAAGAAUGUUGCCGGUCUUGCACCAGACGCAUUCAUUCAAAUGGCUUUACAAUUGACUUGGUUUAGGAAUCAAGGAUACGCAACAGCAACAUAUGAAACAGCUUCUACGCGUAUUUUUGACAAUGGUCGCACAGAAACUCUGAGAACAUUGACCAGUGAAUCAAAGAGGUUUGUCGAAUCGAUGAUGUCCAAGGACGUGGAUAGUGAUGUCAGAUAUGAGAAUCUGCUAGAGGCUACCAAGGUACACUCUCGCAGUAUGCGGGAAGCAAGCACAGGCAAAGCAUUUGAUAGACAUCUCCUUGGCUUGAGGCUUCUUUUGCGUCCUGGAGAAGGCCAUGAGUUCUUUAACAAUAAAUACUUCAAACUGAGCUCAGAGUGGAAACUGAGUACCAGUGGAUUAAGUGCAGGUCCACGUUUUAAUGGAACAGGCUUUGGUGCUGUUUAUCCAGAUGGCUAUGGCAUCAACUAUAUGGCAGGCCCGCACGAACUUAAAUUCGGUAUAGAGAGUAAGGUGAGCUGUCCGAAGACAUCUACCUACGAUUUUAAGAAGGAUUUACUCAAAUCAUUACGCGAAAUGAGGGCAGUAUGUGAAAGUCGGCAAACUCACUUAAAAGCUAAGCUAUAAAUGUAAUAUAUAUAUACAUAGAUCAAUCACUCCU